AUGGAUUCAGAAAAAAAGAAUUUGAAGCAAAUGUUGAUAAACACGGUGAGCCUCCUCUGCCAAAAUGGACUGACCUACAAAGAAAAUUUAAAGAUUGAAGGGGUCAUCGGGGUGACCGUGGAUGACGUGGUCUUCCUUGUCCACAUUGAUCAAACUAUUGCUUUCCAUUCUCACAAUGAUGGCCACACCAACGAUGAUGAUGAUUGUUAUGUGGAUGAGAAAGAAGAAAAUUUUGUAAUUCAGAAUGUAAAUAGCGGUUUAGGUGUUUUAGUCAAGCCUGAGAAUGUAGUACCCACCGUGACUAAUAACCAUACUACACCUCCAGAUGCAAUAAAGAAAGAAUUGCCAGAUUGUUACACCUGCUUGAAAGAUAAGAGCAUUACUGAAGAUUGUGAUGAUGAUGUACUGGUCAGCAAUGAAAAUAAUAAUAAUUGUGAUGAUUGUAAUAUUAUUGCCAAUAAGAAAGAUGAGACAUUGGUAACAAAAGUAGUAAAACCUAAAAAACAUCUUGAUUCUGUUAAAAAUAAAUCAGUUGCUGAACCUUCAAAAGAUUUGCCUACUAGAAAAAAAAUUAAAUUAGAUUAUCCUAAAAGCAAUCAGCUCUCUGGUAACUGGUCGAAUAGAUAUACAAACAAUUAUGAUGAGUACUUCAGUGAUGGCCAAAUUAAUGAUUACAACACUACUCGAGAUGACAAUUUUGAAAACAACAGGGCACAAUUUUAUCUAGAAGAUGAAAAUGAUUAUAGCAAUGAGGACACUGCAUUUAAUGACACAUCACUAGACAGAGGAAAUAGAAAUUUGAUGUUUGGUCAAAGCAAUGAAGGGGGUGGAAAAAUUAGGAAAUCUCAUCAAUGUCAAUAUCCUGACUGCCAGCAAACAUUUGUUAGGAAGGAUGGCCUAGUUAGACACCAGAGAACCGUGCAUGGGGAGGAUCAAAGCUACCAAGACGAUGCAGAUGACAGAAACACAGCGUACUCUUCAUUUUUAGGAGUAGAUGAGUUGACACAAAAUUGCAAUCCAGAGGGAGAUGGGGCGGAUAAGUUGAGGCCACACCAGUGCCAGUAUCCUGACUGUGGUCGAACGUUCAUUAGGAAGGAUCACUUGGUCAGGCACCAAAGGACGUUUCAUGGCAAACAGUGGGGUGUUGAUAGUCAGAAAGCCUUUUUGCUGUUAUAUAAUCGGGUGGGGGACAUCCAGGUGGGGAGGGUUUUAUUGCAACUGUUUGUUGGAACGACUGAUUUGACGGUCCAAUCGGCUCCACCGCGAGAAGGCAGUUGCUCCAGAGCCCGGGCGCUUCAAUUUGCAUUUUAUGUCAUUAAGGUCCCACCUGUUAAGUAUGUAUGUGAGAAGUUGUAA